AUGAAAACCGCUUUCGUCUUGUCUAUCGUGGCCGUGGCCACGGCUGCUCAGGAUAAAAUAUGGCCCAGCGUGCUUCGAUCGAUCCAACAAACGUCCACCGCUUCUGUGGCCGUGACCAUUGACGAUUUGAACGCGCAAAAGGACUCUAGCGUAUUCGACUGGGCCAAAUGCAAGGGCCUUGAGAAUGAGCCUGUGCUUCUCUGCAACGAUUUGACCAAGGAAGAAAUCAACAGCCUCGCGGCGUUGCCCAACGUCCAAAAGAUCACGAAUGCCGCAGACAGCUCAGCUCCUUGCCCUCUCAACAUCACCCCCAAACCUACCACCACCGCGGCUGCCCCUACGCCUAGCGCGUGUGACAAGCCUGUGGAGGGCAUUGAUUACGACGGCAAGGACAUCAAAUCCACCAAACGCUCCAACAGCGACGACUGCUGCAACGACUGUACCAAUACCCCUGGCUGCGUUUUGUACGUAUGGACCCAGUGGAACGACGGCACGUGCUUCUUGAAGUCGAGUGCUGGCAAUUCUGUUCCUAAGUGGGGCGUUAAGGCUGCCAAGGUCACCAAGCCUGCCAAGGUCAUCAAGCCUGCUGGUUCUUGCGAAGCUGCCCAAGACAACGUGGACUACGACGGCAACGACAUCAAAUCCACCAAACGCUCCAACAGCAACGACUGCUGCAACGACUGUGUCAAUACCCCUGGCUGCGUUUUGUACGUAUGGACCAAGUGGAACGACGGCACGUGCUUCUUGAAGUCGAGUGCUGGCAAUUCUGUUCCUAAGUGGGGCGUUAAGGCUGCCAAGGUCACCAAGCCUGCCAAGGUCAUCAAGCCUGCUGGUUCUUGCGAAGCUGCCCAAGACAACGUGGACUACGCCGGCAACGACAUCACGUCCACCCAACGUUCCAACAGCGACGACUGCUGUGACGACUGUGCCAAGACCCCUGGCUGCGUUGUGUACGUGUGGGCCCCUUGGAACGACGGCACGUGCUUCUUGAAGUCUAAGGCUUGCAAAUCCGUUCUUAAGUGGGGUGUUAAGUCCGCCAAGAUUACCAAGUCUGCUGGUUCGUGCCAAGCUGCCCAAGCCAACGUGGACUACAACGGCAAGGACAUCGCCCGCAUCUCUGCCGAGAAGGACCACUGCUGCGCGUUGUGCUUGGAGGCUGACAGCUGUGUGGGUUACUCGCACUACGAAGGUAAUUGCUACCUCAAGGGCGAACUCGGCGACGCUUCCACCAAGGAAGGCGUGACUUCGGGUGUCCGUGACUAAGCGGUGGAGGUAAAGUCUCCGAGUGCCGUUGUCGCUGUUCGUGUUUUAAAACUUUGAAUAUACGACAUUAGAGAGUUUUCGGACAGUGGAUUUGAGAUAGAAUUCGA